AUGGCCUCCACCAUGAAGAUGCGCGCUGCUGCUCCCGCCAGGGCCUUCUCGGCCCGCGGCGCCAGGCGCUCCCUGGUCGUCAAGGCCGCGGAGAAGCGGAUCGUCAUUGGCCUUGCUGCGGACUCUGGCUGCGGCAAGUCCACCUUCAUGCGCCGCGUGACGGGCAUCUUCGGCGGUACUCCCAAGCCCCCGGCUGGCGGCAACCCCGACAGCAACACGCUGAUCAGCGACAUGACCACCGUGAUCUGCCUGGAUGACUACCACAGCCUGGACCGCAAGGGCCGCAGCGCCGCCGGCGUGACUGCCCUGGACCCCAAGGCCCAGUACUUUGACCUGAUGUACGACCAGGUCAAGAGCCUCAAGGAGGGCAAGGCCGUGGACAAGCCCAUCUACAACCACGUCACCGGCAUCCUGGACCCCGCUGAGAAGAUCGACCCCGCCAACAUCCUGGUGAUCGAGGGCCUCCACCCCUUCUACGAUGAGCGCGUGCGCGACCUGAUCGACUUGAAGAUCUACCUCGACAUCUCCGACGAGAUCAAGUUCGCCUGGAAGAUCCAGCGCGACAUGGCGGAGCGCGGCCACAGCCUGGACUCGAUCAAGAAGUCGAUCGAGAGCCGCAAGCCCGACUUCGAUGCGUACAUCGACCCCCAGAAGAAGCACGCUGACCUGAUUAUCCAGUUGCAGCAAAACCAGAGUCAGUACAGUUGA